AUGUCAUUUAAACUGAGUGACAAUAAUGUCUAUUAUGCGUCCGAAGAGUACCGCUCGACGGCUCACAUCUCGUCCAUCGAUGAGUAUAAAAAACUAUACCAGAAGUCAGUUUCAGAUCCCGAAGGCUUUUGGAUGAAAAUCGCGAAUCACUUCUUCUGGAAGCGAUGGCCACAAGAAGUAGAGGUCGUGUCCUAUAAUUUCGAUGUCACUAAAGGACCCGUUUGUGUCAAAUGGUUAGACGGAUGUCAAACCAAUAUGUCUUACAAUAUCUUGGAUUUGAUUAUCAAUAAAGGACUCGGAGAUCGUGUCGCCUAUUAUUGGUUAGUGGAAUCCAAUGAUGAUAAAUCACACAAACAAAUCACUUACAAUGAAUUACUGCGCUAUGUCUGCAAAUUUGCAAAUGUGUUGAAAGGGUUGGGCAUUAAAAGGGGUGAUAGAGUGGCCGUAUAUAUGUCGGUGACCAUAGAGUUGGUCAUUGUUAUGUUGGCAUGCGCUCGCAUCGGUGCCAUUCACUCUGUCAUUUUCGCCGGAUUCUCGGCCGAAGCUCUGGCCGACCGUAUAAUAGACGCCAAUUGUGUAGUAUUAGUGACUUUUGACGGCGCCUUUCGGGCCAACAAAUUCAUACCAUUGAAAUCAAUCGCCGACUCAGCACUCAAUCUAUGCAAACAAAUGAACCACAGAGUAAAAGCAUGUAUUGUGAGCCCACACUUAAAUCUCAAUAGGAUUAACAUAAUUGAUGUCAACAACAAUAAUAAUACAGAUUAUAAUUCAGUGAUUAAUUGGGACCCAAAUGUGGACAUCCUAUGGACUGAUGUCAUGACUAAUGUUAGCGACUAUUGCGAACCCGAAUGGAUGGAGGCUGAAGACCCACUCUUCGUACUUUAUACCAGUGGAAGUACGGGAAAGCCUAAAGGGAUUGUCCACACAAUCGGCGGUUAUCUCCUCUACUCUUACCUAACAUUCAAAACAGUAUUCAAUUACACCGACGGAGACGUGUUUUUCUCGACCGCAGACUUGGGAUGGAUUACUGGC